AUGCUGUUCACCGUCCUGUCCUUUGUUGGUUGGGCAUUUGUUCCAGAUCAAGUGACGCGCCGGCUACUCCCAAUCUUCCAUCGCUUCUACCAGAGUCUCUUGGGCCUCCCUGCUCCGGCACCGACCACUCCCUUGUAUAUACGUCACUAUCGCUAUGUCUAUGCUUUCACCGUGUUCAGCUAUAUCUUGUACAAUUUUUGGUCGGCCGCCACAUCCAUGGCUCCCAACUACUACGAGCUGCUGGGCGUAGAGCCAACGGCUGACGAGAACGUCCUCAAAAUUGCAUUCAGACAAUUUGCCCGGAAGUAUCAUCCAGACCGCGUUGGACCACAAGGAGAGACAAUGUUCAUAGAAGUGCGCGAUGCUUUUGAAGCUCUCAAAAACCCUGUCACCCGCUAUGCAUAUGAUAGAUUCGGUCCUGAGGCGAUCACAUGGAUGCAAUGCACAACUAUACGAGAAUACGUCCGACAUGGUCUAAUGCAAUCUGCUGGCUUCUACAUCGUCUCUUGUGGUCUCUUACUGCUAGUAUCUGCUGUCAGACAGCCGAGUUACGUUGCCUUGGUGAGUGUCAAAUUAAGUCGAGCAUUUUCGUAG